UUGUCCCCCUAACUAGGGUAGUUACGACUAAUAAAUUAAGUUGUACGGCAGUGGGGGCUACUAUUCUCUCGUCAGUCAAAUACUUAUUUCCUGCAUCGGGCAGCUUAAUAUCGUAACUCACCCAUCCACGUUCAAAAGCUAAACCGUUGCGAUACCUAUCGCUUUAAAAAAUCUUGUUAGCAUACGAGAGACUUUUCGUAUAAAAGCGCGUACUUCUCCGUUUCGGUGACGCGUUUAAAAAUCGCAACUUGUAUCCUUAUCGUUAGAUGACGAUGGAUGAAGAGGCAGACGUGCGUCUUACGUUGGAAUAUGUGCGCGAAUUGAUAAAGAAAGACGAACCCGAUGUGGAGAUAGACACUUUGGAGGAAGAGCCCGGCUCGGGAAGAGGUGAUAAUUACACGUCUAUGCUGUAUCGUGUUCGAGCGAAAGGCCGGAAACUAACGAAAACUGGUGAAUGGGCAAAUUGCGAGCGUGUGAUCAUUUAUAAGGUUCUACCACUAUCGAGAGAAAAUCGCGAGGCUUAUAAAAGUGAGCUAUUGUUUAAAAACGAAGUAGCAUUCUAUACGAAUGUGUGGCCCGCUUUGAAUCAAUUACAAGCGGACGGUAAAAAUGUCUUUCGCGGUGUCGCGAAGAUAUACGUUGCGCGCCUCGAUCUGAUCGCUAUGGAGGAUCUACGAGAAAAGGGCUACGUAAUGGUAGAUAGAAGAAAAGGACUGCAGCUGGAUCAUUUGAAGCGAGUGCUGAAAGUAUUAGCGGGAUUUCACGCGCUUAGUUUGACUCUGAGGAAGACUAGGCCGGAAGAAUUUGAAAGACUCACGGAUCCCAAUGGCCAAGGCGUGCAAGAAUGUCUGUUUCGAAUGGAGAACGAGGAUUGGUAUCGUCAGUACUAUCACGUCGGUACUAAUAACGCGAUCAGGAUGGUAUCCGAUGGUCUGCCUCCUCAAAUGGAACACAAGAGAACCGAAGUAAUGGACAAGCUACAAGCGUUUCUUAACAAACAUGAAUUUUUCCGUACUAUGACCGAAAUAGCAGCCACGCAAGGACCUCUCACCGUGUUCUGUCACGGUGAUUGCUGGACUAAUAACAUUCUGUUUAAAGAUGUCUCGAAUGGAGAGGACGAAGAAGAUAUCUAUUUAGUUGACUUUCAACUAUCUCGGGUUGGUUCACUCGCCCUCGAUCUUGCCAACCUGUUGUACUGCUGCGCCAGCGGAGAGAUUAGACGCGUGCACAUGGAGCAGCUUCUUCAGCACUAUCAUUUCCAUCUAAUGUCGUCGUUAUGCACGCUUAAUCCAAAACAGGCGCCGAAGGAUCCGUCUGUCAUGUGGGAACUACUGAACGAAGAGAUGCGACGUUGCGGACGAUUCGGCCUGGGUCUCGCGGUCGACAUACUACCGAUCAGUACUUGCGAAAGCGAAGAAGCUCCUGAUUUGUACGAAACCCCGGAAAUCAGCGAUAAGAAUAAGGCUUUGCGAGCACCACCGCGCGGUGGUGCCGAAUGUUCCCAGCUCAUGACUGAUAUAGUUUUGGAUCUCCUUGACAAUCAUGCUUUAUAAGUUAAUAAUAGCAUGUAUACGCGUAAAGCAUAAGAAAUCAUGAAACAUGAGUAUUUUUAAAGGAUCUUUCUUACGACGUUACGAAAUAAAUUACACUAUCAUAAUAUGACCGAUAUGAAACUAUAUAAAUCAGGAGGCAUAUAAGAAAAAUUCGCCGAGCUCGAUCGAAGAAAGACAAAUAAAACGAAUAUUAUCCUACA